AUGUCUACCAUGUCAAGACGGCCGACCUUCCUAAUUAUUCAUGGAUCAUGGCAUUAUCCCGAGGUGUACGAUACCUUCUGCAAAGCGAUCGGAAAUCGCGGCGCGGAAGUUGUGUGUCCCCGCUUACCGACCUGCAGCGGAGAGCUCCCCCAGAAAACAAGCAUCGAGGACGAUGUCGCUCUGAUCCGAAAGACAGCUCAGUGCCUGGUUCAGGAGGGAAAGGACGUUAUCGCUGUCAUGCAUUCAUAUGGCGGUAUGGUCGGCACAGACGCCCUGGAAGGGCUGGGGGUCCAGCGUUUGAUUUACCUGGCGGCAUUUGUACCGUUCGGGGGGAACUGUCUUGCUGAUAUGUUUGAUGGCUAUCUGCCCUCAUUCAUAGUCUGUGAUGAACAAGGUAUGUCGCGGGUUCCCGAGGCAGCUUCGGUAUUCUACCAGGAUCUUCCCGACGACGAAGCCGCUUUCUGGGCGGAAAGACUCGUUCCCCAACCAAUAUCCGCACACCUCAACCCAAUCUCCCACGAAGCCUAUCGCGGCAUUCCCGCCACAUAUAUCGUAUGCGAGGACGACCGGGCGAUUCCCGUGAGCGUACAAGAGAGGAUGAUCUCAAAUGUGCAGAGUGCGGGUGUAGGGAUGGACAUUAGAAGAAUACCCGCGAGCCAUAGUCCCUUCCUGAGUAUGCCUGAAUUGACUGCCGAACUGGUGGUCAAUUUGGCAGCAGAGUAA